AUGAGCAAGCGCUCGCUCGAGGAGUCUAGGAGCCAAGCGUUCGGGGGCGACAAUGGCCUGUUGCCCAUUCAAGACUUGCUGUCGCCGGGCGACGAGCAGGACAGUGCUACGCCAGGAGGCGCAAACAAGAAGCCCAGGAACUUCAUUGCGACCGUGGCUUGCGAGACUUGCCGCUUGAAGAAGACGCGAUGCGACGAGUCGCGACCGCGCUGCGGACUGUGCAAGUCCCUCGGCCUUGAAUGCGUCUACAAUGAACGCAAGACAUCCAAACGAGAUCAGUCUCUUUCGAUGAUUAUGAGUACUUUGCAUCGCUUGGAGACAAAGCUGGAGAACAUUCCAUCCUCCAUCUUUAAUGACCUCCAGUCGCUUCGUGGCCAGAUGCAUCAUGUCACCAGUACUCCCCGCGCACAGCCCUCGCCCGCGGUUGGUGAUGAUGUUUAUCGGUCAACGGUGACGCGAACACCGAUCAACAACAGUUUCACUCCCGCGCACGAUGAAGAUGACUUUGACUUUGAAGAGAACCAAACCACUCCCGAUGCAGCCGGUCGAAUCGCCAUUUCAUUCAGCCAGCAUGGCGUCAUUCUCUGGCCUGGCGCACGACAGAUUCUUCCUAAGCAGUUGCUUGCCGCCUAUGAAUUAUUGGGCAAAAACUAUGUCAUUGAGCUGGAAUCGACCCGACCACCGUUGCCUAUGUUCACCAGUCCAUUUCCCAUACAUGCAGGGGAGCACUGGCUGGAAUUACUGCCCCUGGCAAUGAUCAAGGGCUUGGCCGAUGCCUUCUUCAGUGUUUUCAACCCUUUCACUCCAAUCAUGGACAAGAGCUACUUCUUUUCCUUCACUCUUGGCUCGGCAAUUGAAAGUGGCUUUGGUUACACCAUGGAGACCUGUAUCGUCCUUAAUGUCAUGGCGCUUGGAUGUUUGGCUGUCCUCGCUCAUCAGGAAGGAAAUUAUCCAUUGCCGGGAACUCAGAGCCAUCGCUUUGAGCCACCGGAAUGGAUGAAUGUGGUCUAUGAGGAACAGGCCGGUUUGAGAUUUUUCAAUGAGGCCCGUCGCCGCAUUGGAUUCUUGAUGUGCGACAAUGGCCUUCAAAGUUGCCAAUUUUACCUCCUUUCUUCUGUCUACUACAGCCAGAUUCUCCGUCCAAUGGACGCAUGGGCAAUGAUACAUCGCGCUGCGACCUGCUGCUUGUCAAUGCUGACCAAUCAUGAAGUGAAUUUCGACGAGUGGGAAGGUGACAUGAAGUCCCGCGUAUACUGGAACUGUCUCAUGAACGAGACAAUCCUAGUUCAAGAGCUGCACCUCCCAACAAGCGGUCUAUCACGUCUCGAAGAAAAGGUCCCAAUCCCCAAGUUCAUUGGCUUUGAAACGACAGGCUACGUGUCAACCCGUUAUCCCUCGUCGACAGUGGUCGACGACUCCUACUUCCAGUAUCAUUUCCUAGCCCAAGUGGCCCACCGAAUUAUUCUCACGCGCAUCCGCCAUUCACUCUAUUUCUAUUCCGACUCGGGAGCAAUUCCCCUCCCCGCCGUCAACGCCGAACUACAUCACCAACUCGAACAAUGGCGUACCAACCUCCCCUCCGCCAUCCAAUUCCCCGACUCAUACCACCCACAAUCCUACUCAACCCCAGCAGACCCCUCGCCCUCCUCUGUCACCUCACCCAACCCAAUAUCCCCUCUCCCGGCAGCUCCAAAUCGCCCCCUUUCCCCAGCAGUAGCAGUAACAGACGCCAUGCUACGCGGCCGGCACAUGAUCGCACAAUUCCACAUCGGCCGACCGUACCUGUACAAAGCCCUGCGCAUCCCAAACCUACUAACAGAUGACGACCUGGAACAGAUCAAAAGCGGACUUCAAAACGCAAUGGACUGGCCCGUGACCCAGGGCAUAUUCCGGAAAAUGAAAAGCUGUAUCCCUAUCAAAUUCGCUUUCUGUUCGCAGUUCUUUGGUCAGGUUCUUCUGUUCUAUUGCAUUGCCCAUUCACCUAGUCCGCAUGUGCGUGAGACGCUUCCGGCUGGCUGGGAGCGCUGGACUGAGGAGAUGAUGCGGUUUUUGGAGGACUGCGCGGGACAGAGUCCUGCUGUGGCGCAGGAUCUGGAGCUUUUGAAAAAUUUAUGGCCGGGUCAUGAUUGA